GGUGUCUGUAGCGGAGGACGGGUGUAGGUGCGCGCGGACGCACGCCGCGGCGGAGGAAGGAAAAACAUUGCACGCUGUCGAGUGGGGUCACGAACUAUGACCUUUAACAGAAGAAAAACAAAAGAAAUACUUUGUACUUCAAAAGUGGCAAGUCAUUCUGCAAACGUCAUUCAUCAUAGAUCUCACUAAUGACCUUCCAUAAUCAUGACGACCAACCUGAACCUGCUUGCUCAGCAGAAAGUUGUGUCCGAGCAGGCAGCUGAGGUUCUUUCCACUGAUCCUGCCUCAACACCUCCAAAAAUACAGAUUGUAACUGACCAGCAGACAGGUCAGAAGAUCCAGAUAGUGACAGCCAUGAACCCGUCCACUGCUCCCAAACCACAGUUUAUACUCACCACAGCCGACAGCUCCGGAGCAGGCAAGGUUAUCCUGGCCUCACCUGACACCCACAAUGCUAAACAACUAAUUUUCACUGCAGCAGACAGCCUGAUGCCGGGAAGAAUCCAGAUUGUGACAGAUCCUGUGUCAAUGGAGCGAUUGCUUGGCCAGUCUGCAGAUUUAAGCCGAGCUCAACCAGUGGAGUACUGUGUGGUGUGUGGAGACAAAGCAUCCGGGCGUCACUAUGGAGCAGUGAGCUGUGAGGGCUGUAAGGGCUUUUUCAAACGCAGUGUCAGAAAGAACUUGACCUAUAGCUGCCGCAGUAAACAGGACUGUGUCAUAAACAAGCACCAUCGCAACCGCUGUCAGUUCUGCAGGCUAAGAAAAUGCCUUAAGAUGGGGAUGAAGACAGAGUAUGUCCGUUACAAUCUUACAGCUGUGCAGAGUGAAAGGAAACCCAUUGAAAUCUUACCCAGAGAAAAACAUGGCAACUGUGCUGCUUCCACACACAAAAUCUACAUUCGAAAAGAUCUGAAUAGUCCGCUCAUUGCUACACCGACCUUUAUUUCUGACACAGAAACUGAUGGCUCCAGAUCCAGUCUAAUUGACCAGGGGAUGUUGGUGAACAUUCAGCAGCCAGUCAUUCAAGCUGAUGGCACACUACUACUCGCUACUGACCCCAAGUUAGAGUCUGGACAAGGUGACUUGGGGACAUUAGCCAAUGUGGUCACAUCAUUGGCAAAUCUUAGUGAUUCGCUGAGAGAAAACCUGAACAAUGGUGAUACCUCUGACAGCAUAAAUGAAGAGCAGUCUGCCAGUGAUAUUACACGUGCCUUUGAUACCUUGGCCAAAGUCUUACAUCCAGAUGAAGAAGAAAUGGGACCUACUGUGGAAGGAAAACUUACCAGUGGGACUAUACAACUGAUAGGACGGGACCAAGAGACUCCCAUCAUUGAAGUAGAGGGACCGCUGCUCACAGACAACCAUGUUGGUUUUAAGCUGACCAUGCCCAGUCCCAUGCCUGAUUAUCUGAAUGUACAUUACAUCUGUGAGUCUGCAUCAAGGCUGCUCUUCCUCUCAAUGCACUGGGCUCGAUCAAUCCCUGCCUUCUCAGCUCUGGGUCAUGAGGCCAACACCAGUCUGGUCAGGGCGUGCUGGAAUGAGCUGUUCACCCUGGGUCUGGCUCAGUGUGCCCACAUUAUGAACUUGUCCACGAUCCUCUCAGCAAUCAUCAACCACCUCCAGGAUGAUAAGCUCUCUGGGGAGAGAGUGAAGCAGGUGAUGGAGCACAUCUGGAAGUUUCAGGAGUUCUGUAACAGCAUGACAAGACUGGACACCGACAGUUAUGAAUAUGCUUAUUUAAAGGCCAUAGUGCUCUUUAGCCCUGAUCAUCCAGGUGUGGACAGUGGUGGACAGAUUGAAAAGUACCAGGAAAAGGCUUUGAUGGAGCUGCAGGACUAUGUGCAGAAGACAUAUCCAGAUGAUACAUAUCGGUUAACCCGUAUCCUCACACGCCUCCCAGCACUGCGUCUCAUGAAUCCAAGCAUCACCGAGGAGCUGUUCUUUACAGGAUUAAUUGGCAACGUUUCCAUAGACAGCAUCAUUCCCUACAUUCUGAAGAUGGAAACUGCAGAGUACAACAGCCAAGACUCUGAUCCAACAGACUAAGCAAAGCACUUAAUUUCAGGUAUUUCUAAAUUGGAACACAGUUAAUUGUAGAAUUCAUAACAGUAACAUAACAGUAUCCCAGUGCUCUUCAAGCUGUGCAAAAAAAAUCUAAUGAAAAUCUGGAUUUAUUAUUGUAGACGACUCCUUGAAUGUUUCUAGUGGUAUACUUAGCUCUGAUGCACUGUAAAUUUUGACUACAGUGGCUCUUACAAAAAUAUAAAUACUAAAAAACAAGUUACUUUUAAUUUAAUGUGUCUUUAAUGUGUGCACCCCUAAGUAUCACUCAGCAGUAGAACUCCAGUAGUAAUCCGGAAAAGAUACUUCAACACUUCUUUUGAAAUGGUUCAUUCCACUAGAUAAAAAAAGUCAAAAAACAAAUGUGAAUUGACCAAGCUUUGUCCAUUUAUUGUCAAAAAGGAUUGAAAAAUGCAGGCUCUAUCAUGAAACCCAACUGCCUUAUACUUUAGAUUUAAUAUGACUGACCUCACUGAUGAGAUUUCUUUCCCAUUUAGCUAAAAUCAUUUUGGCUGGCUUUCAGGUUAUUUAUAAGUUUUAAAAAGUGUCCAUAUUUAUCUUAUGACGUGCAAUCACUUGAUCACUUUUCCCCAAAGACAAUCGCCUGUUUUCUUUUGUUGCAUCUUUAAUGCAUUUUUGUCAAUUUGUAUUUUUUGUACUAAAUGUAAUUAUUGUAUAACAAUGUUUUGUUGGUAUGAUUUUUCAGAAUCUUAAAGAUUUGGAUACGGUACACGUAGCAAGGCUACUGUUUUGUACAAUGCUUUUUGUAUCUGCUCAAGUGCACAUUAAUCAGCUAUAAUGGCGUUGCUGACUAAAUUUAUGUUUUAUUAAGGACUUUAUUUGUUGAAAACAAAUGCUCAUUUCAUACAAAGUGUUCUUAUAUAAAAAUAUGUUUUGAGGGUAGCCUUUUGACUGUAUUUAUGUCUAGACCAUCAUGGAGAACGAACAGGAAGAACAUCCACAUCAGAGUUUAACUGAGGAUGUGAAAAGUGACGUUUGUGAAAAUAAUGUCGAGAAUAGGUUUUAAGUUUUUCAACUUAACAAAUGGGUUGAAAAGACAUUUAAGGCACUUAAGACCUACAUGUAUUUCAUCUAAUGAGUGCAUGUUUUAAUGGUGGAUAUUGUUUAUCCAAAUGGAGACAUGGUUAUUAUUUUAUAUUGCAUUGCUGUGCAUGACCUUUAUGCUUAUGUGCAUUUUCAUUAAAUGCUGUAUACAUUGUU